AUGUCUACCGAUACCCUUAUGUGGACAUCCCAAGACCCGCGUCAGAGUACAAUGUUCACUACGCAGGGCAUCGUUUACCGCUUCAUCACCGAACCCAAUGCAUCUGGCCAGCACGUCACCACACUCUGGAAAAUGAUCCGCUCAAACAAGGAGGACCGCGUUGCGAAGCUCGAGUGGGCACCUAAUGGUGGCCUUGGGCGCGCUAUCAUCGGCAAGUCGACUGUCCCGAUGACUGAUCUUGUCCGCCGCGACCCGCAUUCUCCGGGCAUGCGUUUGUGGAACGGACCUGACGGCUUCAUCUAUCGGUGGGCACCGUCUGGCGAAGACGUACAUUUGCUCGACCCGAAUAACGCAGUCAUUGCCAAGAUCAAGCAGUGUCGCCCUGCUCGCUACCCCGGACUUGGCGAUGUCUACUACGAGCUGGAGUUUUUGCGCAGCGCGGGCCAGGGCGUCGUGAUGCACCCACCGCUAAUGGACACUGUAACUGUAACUGCGAUGUUGUACCGGUUUGCGACACAGUAUAACCUGUGA